AUGUCGUCAGAAAACGGCAUCUUCGCCGUCGACCCUGAGCGGGCCGCCGAGGACAACUCCGGCUUUCUUAUUGGGGUGGUCUGCGCGGCCUGGAGCCUGGCCUUCGUCACGGCGCUGGUCCGCUUCUACACCCGCGCCGUCGUCUCGCGUUCGUUCGGCAGGGAUGAUGUGUUUAUGGUCUUGGCCGUGCUGUGCGGGAUAGGAGGGCUUGCCUCCUGGAUCGUCGGAUGCCACAACGGUUACGGGAGACACAUGGAUACCAUCCCCCCAGAGCGCUUCUUGACGCUGAUCGAAGCGCAAUUCUACCAAUCCAUCGUGGAAGCCUCGUUCGCUUUUGGCUUUCUCAAGAUAUCCAUCGCCUUGUCGCUAUUGCGUUUCAGCAGGGGCAACUGGUACACCAAGAUCCUGUGGCUUCUCAUCGGUUUCACCUGUUUCUAUACGCUCUUCGCUUUCGUCACGUUCCUCGCUUACUGCAAGCCCAUCGCAGGGCUAUGGGACCCGGCACUUCGAACAAAGUGUUACAGCAGAGUCAUGUAUAGAAACUUCGGCCUCUUCAAUGCCGGUGAUACCCGCAAAACAACAGAGCGCCCGACCCCCUCGCUCACGAACUUGAUGGUGGUUAGCAUGCAACAUCUUCACCGAUAUCAGUUUCGCCACACUGCCGGUGCCCCUGAUAUGGGGUCUGCAGCUCCAGAGACGAGUCAGGAUAUAUCUAAUCGCCAUCUUGACAUUCAACUCGAUAUCGGCAUCAUCGCCGCCUGCGCCCCGACCCUCCGCCCGCUCCUGGGACGAGCGCUCAAGCUCUCCACCACCCUCGACCCUUACCGGGGCGCGAACUACUACCGGGCAGGUAAAGCCCUCGACCGACUCCCGCUUAGCGGAAACUCCACGAGGAGGUACCUGCGGCAGAGUACUGCCUCGGGGCAGUUCUUCGAGAUGAACACGGGGAACAGACCCUGGAUUGCCCCGGAACGUAAAGUCUCGGUGUUCUCAGCCAGUGCCGUCCAUGCCGAGCGUGCGAGAGUCAACGGGGAAGCGAGCGGGGAGGGCCUUGAGGCACCCGUCAUCCUGCCACCGAGAGCCGCGGAGAUCAGGGGGAUCGUCAAGACUACCGAAGUCAGGGUCGAAGAAUGA